AUGAUGCUGAUAAAGAUAAUAGGACUUUACCUACUUGUAAUACAACAAGGAUUUGAUAGUGCACAAGCGUCUCCAACAGGUCGUCUGCUUGAGAAGGUAAUUAACGGGGAAGAUGCCGAACCGGGCUCGAAUCCACACCAGGUCACCGUCCAGUGGUUUGCAUUUGGUCUGUUUUGGUACCACAUGUGUGGUGGAUCAGUUAUUGGUGCUAAAUAUGUACUGACAGCAGCUCACUGUGUCGACUAUGCCCCGGCAGAAGAAUUUAGAGUUAUAGUGAACGAUCACAGACUAGAGGAUACGGAUGUUGGUGAACAAGAGAUAAGAGUUCAAACAAUGUAUAUACACCAUGGUUGGAUUCCCACUCAGGAUUAUGACCGGAAAUUAUUUCCAAAUGAUAUAGCACUGCUUGUUCUACAAACGGAAGUACUGGACAAAUCUACAAUCAUUCCUAUGGCAAGCGAUAAAGAUGAAGAUUUCUCUGGAAAAACGUGUACAAUUAGCGGCUGGGGUCUGAACGAUACUAAUGGUGUUAUUCCGAAUGUCCUGCAAGAAGUGAACAUCACUGUGAUGAGUGUGGCAGAAUGUGACGAGUUUUGGAAUCAGCUUUGGCCGAAUACCACAUUACACCUGUAUUCAGGUCAGAUCUGUGUGUUUAAUGGGGAAGAUCCAGUCAACGGGACAGCAGCUUGCAGCGGUGACAGUGGUGGCCCGUUAGUAUGUAACAGCAUGCUUGCAGGAGUAACUUCUUGGGGUGUACAAGGGUGCCGUGACCAGGUUACCGGCGAGUUUCGACCAAGUGUUUACAUCCGGGUCUCUUCCUACUACGAUUGGAUACAAACAACACUGAACAAUUACAAGAUAGGAAGAGGAUAAGAAAAUAUGGUUUUUCAACGCUUAGUCUGCUAAAUAUCGAAAAUGGACUAUAUUAUAUUUUAAUCUGGACAAACCAUUCAUCAUUUUAGGGAAAGUUUCAAAAUAAGUACUGACUGAACAGCGUAUUGUGCAGACCGGCCAUGAUAAGACAACAUGGAUGUGCCGGCUGAUCUUUGUCUGCGUAGUUUCCGUUGUCAUUAGUACAAAUGUAUCACAAUGUUAAUUAAAGAACAUAAGGCAAACAUAUUUUGUCAAUCUGCCACCACUAACCUUUCUUAAUCU